AUGCCGCAAGCAGGUGGCACCCCACUGCCACCACCAGAUAGGACCAAUCUCUCUAACCUUACUCCUACGCAGACCUCAAUUGCCACAGAAAACGACACUACGACACUACCUGCAAGACCCACACCACCUCAGCAUCAGGACCCUCGGCCAUCGCCCGGCGCUCUGUCAGCAGAACAACCACCGACAGCCAUACAGCCGCCUUUGGACUCCAACGACAGCCCCCCUCAGUGGGUCACAGCGUGGGCAGACCGCUUCAACGCUGUGCUCGACGAAGAUAUGCUUGAGAGCGUCCUACAUGACUUCAUGAGGUUAACCUAUAACAUAUGCGACAUUCAGGGGCCAAGAAGGAACCUGAACAACACCUCGGGCCGCAAUCCCCCUCUUCAACUUGAGGCCAGCAACAUCCAGUGCCUCUAUCGCACUAAUAGGAAAUGGGUGUUUGAUCGCAUUAUCGGAGGCAAAUCCCGCUUUUGCCAAGGGAACCCAGAGACAAUCUACCGUCACUUCAAGGACAUUAACAAAAACUGCCCGCUUAGAGAUGCAACUCCUGUUCCCAUAGAUCCAGAUCCAGCCCCUGCAACUACGACGAACCCAAUCAAUAUACCGUUCAUGCCAGAAGAAGUGGCUGUCCGUAUCGCCAAGGGCCACAAUACUGCUCUGGGCCCUGACAAAAUCCGUUACCUGCAUUGGAGGCGGGUGGACCCGAGGGGCAUUAUUCUUGCAGCUCUCUUUAACUCGGUACAGAGGAUUGGAUACAUCCCCCAAGACUGGCAGGAAUCCACUACUGUCUUGAUUCAUAAAAAAGGGGACCAAGCAGACCUAAGAAAUUUGCGACCUAUCUCACUCUCCAACACCCUGGACAAGCUCUACACGGCCUGCCUGGCGGAUAGGCUACUAAGGUGGUGCGACACAAAUAGUCGUAUUUCCACCGCCCAAAAGGGGUUUUUACACUAUCAAGGCUGUGUAGAGCAUAACUUUUUGCUCAAAUCAAUUAUCCAGGAUGCCAGGCGUACCCGUAACGAAUGUUAUAUAGCGUGGCUGGAUAUUGCUAACGCAUUUGGCAGCAUUCCCCACUCCAUCAUCUGGGAAUCACUCAAAUGGCAUGGCCUGCACCCAGACGCCAUCGCCACCAUCCAGCUGCUAUACGACAAAUCAACUACCAGGAUCCGCACUCACACUGGCCUAACUAAACCAGUUGCCAUGCUAUGA